AUGGCCGGCGGACGAAAAGCGAAACCCGCGCCAUCCUCCAGCACGCCGAGAAACACUCUUGUGCUCGACAAUGGCGCCUCGACCCUAAAGGCAGGCUUCGUCCGCGACGGGCAAGUUGGCACGCCACGCAUCAUCCCCAACUGCAUCGCCCGCGACCGCGCGCGCAAAGUCUACGUCGCGUCCGAGCUGGAACGAUGCACCGACUUUGGCGAGAUUCAGUUCCGGCGGCCCGUAGAAAAGGGGUGCAUUGUCAACUGGGAGGUGCAGUCGGAGAUUUGGGACUACGAGUUCUUUGGCAGCAAGGCGCCGUCGCCCUGCGAUCCUUCGGCAACGCGACUUGUGCUGGCAGAGCCGCCCAACGGGCUCCCUGUACUGCAGGCAAACUGCGACCAAAUCGUCUUUGAGGAAUAUGGGUUCGAAAGCUACUACCGUGGCGUCGGGCCCGCCUUCAACGCAUACCACGACUUGCAGGCUCUGUUCCGAACACCGAUGGACAUUGCGACGGUCGCCAAUAUACCUGCCGAGAUUCUCCUCGUCAUCGACUCGGGCUAUUCGCACACCACAGUGACGCCCGUAUUUCGAGGCCGGCCACUGCAGUCCGCCGUGCGCCGCUUGGACGUCGGCGGCAAGCUGCUCACCAACUACAUGGCGCGGCAAAUCUCCUUGCGCCAUUUCGAUGUUCGCAACGACCCCCAUAUUGUCAACGAGAUGAAGGAGCUGGCAUGCUUUGUCUCGCCCGACCUGAAGCGCGACCUGGACAGGUCCUGGAAGGGAACCCGUGGCCAGAAACGGCCAGAAUACGUGGCCGGCGACGGCAUCGCCAAAGACUACAUCCUGCCCGACUUUCAUAGCAGGCUCAAGGGCUCCGUGCGCAGUUACGACCCAGCGAACCAUACGAAAGCGCUCAAGGUGACCGCGACGCAAGCCGACGAGGAUGUGCUCACGCUCCGCAACGAGCGUUUCACCAUACCGGAAAUCCUCUUCAAUCCCUCUGAUAUCGGCAUGCGACAGCCUGGCAUCGCCGAUCUCAUCCACCAAUCGCUCCAGGGCCUGCCCGUCGGGUUGUGGCCCGGCCUACUCGCCAACAUGGUGGCUGUCGGCGGCAAUUCCCUGUUUGACGGCUUCAUCCAGCGCCUCCAGAAAGAGGUUGUACAGCGCGUGCCCGACGACUGCGUGGUGCGCGUGGCCCGACCGGCGGAUCCCAUCACGAGUACGUGGGCGGGCGCGGCCAACCUGGCCAGCCAUGCCAGUAUUGAAAAGCUCGUCGUGACAAAGCAGCAGUACGAGGAGCAUGGACAGGCCUGGAUGGCGCGCAAAUUUCUGGCAGGACCUGAUACUUGA